AGUAAAAAGAAGCCAGGAAGAACAACGUGUAACGUUAGCAUAAACAGCUAGUUCGGACGUGUGUGUGUAUGUGUGUGUGUAUAUGUUAUAAGCUCCGAGGUUGUUCAGCUGUAUCAUCCCACAAGCGACCCUCUCCCCGGCGACCGGGCCGCUUUAGGUCACCUCUCACCUGAUACAGUGACGCUGUAGCCCCACUGCCAGUUCUGUGACCCAAGAAAAUAAUGUGCUGCAGCUGAAGAUGGGUGGCAGCGGCUCCAGAUCCAAAGGAUUUUGGCCUUUUUCUGGCCCAGUUAGUGUGGAAGAACCAACCAAAGAUGGAGAUGAGCAGCCCCUCGCCAGAGUUCGAAGUUUCCGAGGCGCAACGCCUUUUGUGUUUACUAGACGAAGCUCUUUGUUCUUUGACGAAGACGGUGACUUGGCCCACGAGUUCUAUGAAGAAACAAUUGUGACAAAAAAUGGACGAAAAAGGGCCAAACUGAAAAGGAUUCAAAAAAAUCUAACAGCUCAGGGAAUUAUAAAGCUGGACCACCCAUGCAUCCAUGUAGAUUUCCCAGUUGUCCUCUGUGAAGCAUGACAAUGUCUGAGGAUUGUCUCAGACGAGCCACUGUGUCAACUCCGUCCCGUGGUUUUCCCCUCAGCUGGAAGCCUGAACCACCUUUUAAAAAACACCUGAUCUCUUGAUAUAUUUGAUGCUCUUAUGUGGACAGGCAGAUGCAAUGUUGCUGAGCCUCUGCAUGUGAUCUUUUGACUUGUGUUCAGACACAGAAUAGAUCACCGGUGGGGACGUUGAAGGGUGCCAAGUUGGCAAAACCCACUCAGUUUACAGAUCAUGGUUUGUGUGCAUGUAUGUGUGAAUGUGUGUGCAGACGCAGGUAAUCGUGACAGUCCUGGAGUUGUUGCUGCAGAUUGUUUUCUGGUAUGAUUCACUGAACUCAAGGAGUUCAAGGAGAAUGUAACCAGUUUUCUCUCCUGUCACAGUAUAUAUAGAGCAGGAACCUUUAGCUGCACACUUUAGUUUAUUGACACCCUCAUGAUUUAUCAUGCAUGGAACAGGAUCAGCUUAUCGGUAACAUCCGAGGGAGUUGACAAUCAGCUGCCCAAGAAAUCUGAAGUGGAUUAUCGUCAUGGAUGGACUGGCUUCAGUGACCUCCGAGCCUCACAUGUACACAGCAGCAGCAGCAAGAGAUCCUGUUGUUUUCUUUGCUGCUUCCGCAUAUUAUGUUUCACUUUUAAUUUAUUAUAACUUUUUAAUUACAAUUUAAAAUGCUGAACUGUGUCAUGGUCCCUUUUUUUAAAUAAAUAUCCAUACAUUAUCA